AACCCAAUCAAAGCAUUUAGGUUUUUCUUUCAAAAAUUGGGGCCGAAUCAAAAACCAAACACAAAACUCCACAAAAACCUCUGAAAUCAAGGGCUCAAAAACACCUGACCAAACUGCAAUUACACACCUACAUUUCCACCAAUGAAGGGCGGCGCUAGGCGGAAGACCACCGCCUCCGAUCGUCCACCACAACCACAACCUCCUAGGUCACGCAACGACGUCGUUCCCACCGGAAACGACGAACCAGAGUACUACAACCAGAACACUGAACAACAACAACAACGGCAGCUGGUGGUUGUUAAUGACGGUGAACAAGAACGGUAUGAAGAUGUUGAUGAAGAGGAUGAGUAUGAUGAAGAUUAUGAAGAUCAGUCAGGUGAUUUGGAAAAUGAAAAUGGUGGUGAAGGUGAAGGUGAGGAUGUUGAUGAGCGUCCGAAAUUGGCUGAGGGGUUUUACGAGAUUGAAUCUGUACGGAAGAAAAGAAGCAGAAAGGGUAAAAUUCAGUAUCUCAUCAAGUGGCGCGGAUGGCCAGAAGCGGCUAACACGUGGGAACCUGUGGAGAAUCUCAUGUCUUGCUCAGAUGUCAUCGAUGCAUUCGAAGAGAGAAUGCGGUCAGGAAAACAUAGAUCCGGCAAGAAACAUAAACGCAAGAAUGCAGUCGCUCUUCAACCGCCAGCAAAGAAGAAGAAACAACAGCAGCCGCCCCAGCAACACCAGCCGCAACAACAAGGUUCCCCUGCUGCCACCUAUGAUGUUCCCUCUGUCAAGCUUAGAAUUAUCGAAGAACCUUCGCCAAAUGUCUCCGGGAAUGAUCCAACUUGUAGUAAAUGGGCAGAAAGCAACGGUAAAGGCACGAGAAACGUUAGAAAAGCGAAACACGUGAGUGAUAACGGAUCUUUAUUGGUCUCCCAACAAUGUGGAGAUAUAAACGAGACAGACGAGUUGAAUUUGAAGCUAAGUGAACUGAAAGGUGCGUCUUUAACUGAUAAAGAAAAAAUAAACGGGGUAGCGGUUAAUAUCCAAGAAGAUCGAUCUGGUGAAGGUGUGAGUCCGUCAAAUGGGAUUUCAGAUGUUAAUGGGCAAAAUUCGGUUUGGGCUAACCGUAGCAGUGGAUCUAAAAGAAGGAAAUCUGGUACUGUGAAACGGUUUAAACAAAUUUUGGAUCCAACGGUCACUAAAGAUGCGCAUGAUCCAAUGGAAAGAUUAGCCGGUGGGAAUGGUGUGGUGGUUGAGCACAGGGUUCAAAACUUUGAGCAAGUAGGAAAUGGUUUUGGUUCGAUGAAUGUGGUGGAUACUUCAAAAAGCAUGUAUGCUAUUACUAAAAUCAUCAAGCCGAUUGAAUAUUCUACAUCUUCACUUAAUGAUAUGCAGGAUAUCUUGGUAACCUUUUUGGUCCUCAGGUCGGACGGAAAAGAAGUGAUGGUGGAUAAUAGAUACCUCAAGGCUCACUACCCUCUCCUGUUGAUUAACUUCUAUGAGCAACAUAUCCAGUAUAACGGUCUCUCGGAAUGAGGAUGCAGAGGUAGUUGAUGCAAGCAGUAAAUAGAUGUAAUUUAUAAGAGUAAUGUUUUUUUGGAUGUAGAAAGACUGUUAUCUUCAUUUAGGAGCUAUCACGUUUGCAUUAGAGGCCACCUAUCUGGAUUCUGGCAUGCAUGUAAUUUUUAGGUUAUAAAUGUGUGAACCCUAGGGCAUUAUAAUCAAGACUUAUGAAGCUUUUUAUGCUAUAUCUGUUGCCAUC